CUGCCUGGUCGCGUGACGUGGGUUGCGACCACCAUGUGGGUCAUUUUUCGUUUCUCAACCAACAUCUUGGUGCCGCCGCCGCUGCCGUCUUCGUGUGUCCGUGUCGUGCCCUUCAAAUUCCUCUGUAUAAAGCACCAUGGCACCUCAGUUCAAUGACGCUGCGACCUCUCUCGCACCUUCUGCAUGCUCUUCGUCCGAUUCGACGCAUAACUCCUCGACGGCAUUCCUGCAUCACUCGUACGAUAAAGUGUUGUCCACGUCACGCAAGUUGCGAAAGUCUUGCUCACUGCCAAAUUGUUCCCAACGGCCAGGCGAAUGCAUGCAUUGCACGUGUGAUGGUCGGUGCGGGCAGCAUGAAGGGGGAAAGUGCGGCGUGCGGCGAGAGGGAAGUGGCAAGAGUUGCAAACGCCUUGGGUGCCCCAAAGAUGAAACGUGUCUGCACAGCACCCGUGCCACGUGCUGUCAUUGCCGCAAUCUCGUGUCAUCCCAAAGUCGCAGCAUGAAGGCCAAGCGCGCGUCUGAUGAACCUGAGGCUGUACUGGCUUCGUCGACCAUAGAGCACUUCGCCCACGCUUCUGCACCUUCGUUGACCGCUUCCCCAACCUUCCUCACGCCGGCCUCGUCCGCCCUAUUGUCACAUCCGUUGCCACAAGUUGCCCAACAAACGGUCGUCUUGCCUUCGUCGGUCAACACCACCAUUGUCGCUACUUCCACAAUGGACAAGACUAACAAGGUGUCCCUGAUGGAUAAAAAGCGCAAACUUCCUUCUCCAGUUGUUGCCAACGCCAAGUCGUCGGCCAAGAAGCUCAAACAGUCACCAACCAAGCAGGUCCCUGGUGCCCUCUCGCCAUCCGCUUCUGUCGGCGUUCCAUCUUUGUGCGAGUACCCCGAGUGGUCGCGCCGUAGCUCGACGUGCAACUUGGUCGUGGUCGUGGAAGGCACGCAGUUCAACCUUCACAAAUUCCCCAUGUUGAUCGCAUGCCCUGAACUCAGGACCAAACUCCCUUCGUCCACCGACUCGUCCCCAGUUACCUUGCUCAAGUACGCGCACUUUCCGGGAGGUGCCGCUGCGUUUGAACUGGCGUGUAUUUACGCGUACACUGGCGGGGCCGUCGAGAUCAACUCUUCCAACGUUGCCCUUCUCUAUUGUGCGGCACGUGUCCUCAAGAUGCAUGUGGGGCUUACCUCGCGAUGUGCGACGUUGUUGGAGACUCUUGCGCAUACGGGCAGUGGAGACGACGCUGUGCACAUGCUGCUCCAAGUCGUUGAGAUUCGCAAGUGCCUCCGCAACCAGAGCACCGACCGCAUGAUGGCGCUUUGCGUGCAUGCUAUCGCGAGACGUUACCCCUACGACAAGUCGACCAUGUCAUUGAUCGUGAAGCUUCCGUUUGAUGUGUUUCUUCACAUCACGCAACUUGUGUUGAACGACCGACCUCAGCACGACGCCACCGCCAACAACGUUGUCGCUCGGCUUUGUGCCCAAGCGCACUUGGCGCAGGUGUUCCGCAGUGCCAAGACGGCAGACAAGGCAGCCGAGUUGAACCGUGUGUUGGAUGUCUUGCUCUCGUCGGACUGUGAGACCAGUGUUGCGUUGCAGCAAGAGCAUUCGACCCACCAGCUCUUGGAAGAUGACGAGGAAGAAGAGGAAGGAGAAAUUUUCGAGGACGACGACGGCACGGCCAUGAUGUUGGACAUUCCCCAUGUCAAGAUGGAGAACGAAUGGCUUGCCGCCGCGCAAUUCGUGACGGCAUCCGCGCAGUAGAAGACAUUUUAGAAAAGUGUACAGAUAGAAAAAUAGCGAUGUAGCAUAUUAUAGCAUACAGUAGGCAAGUCAAUUAUUAGAGUAAUUUACAGAUGCAGGGGAAAUUCAACUGAAUUGCAGUCCAGUAUUCGUAUCUUUUUCCAAAAGUUUGGGGAAAACAUAAACUCUCCUAUUUGAAAAAAUAUACUUCGAAGUAUUGUG